AUGAAGCCAUCCAUAUUCUAUAGUUCAAGACAACCAUAUCUCAAAUAUUUAGCAAUCAUUUUAACUACCAUCACCAUCUACGUUCUAACUCACAGUAAUUAUCUGACCGAGCCCAACAUUAAUGAUGUCACCACCAAACCAAUACUGGAAACUAUCCCACAGCCACCAAAUCCAUCAUCAUUCCCAGAACAACAACAACAUGCAAGUCAAGAGCAAAUCGUAAAGGUUCCUGAUGAAUUAAAAAACAAACCACAAGAUUUAGUUGUUGAUAACGGUAAGGAUCAAAAACUAGUUGAAUCUGGUGUACCAUCCUCCUCACCGCACCAAGACAAAGAAGAUGCCAACAAGGGCAAAAAUUUACAAGAACAGGAAAAUUCUUUCUCAAAAAAUCCAGUCAAGUCAGAGAAAGUCAAAGCCACAUUUGUCACUUUAGCCCGUAAUUCUGAAUUGUAUGAUUUGAUCAAAUCUAUUCGUAAUGUUGAAGAUCGUUUCAAUAGAAAAUUCAAUUACGAUUGGGUAUUUCUUAAUGAUGACGAUUUCACACAAGAAUUUAAAGAUUUAACCACAGCAAUAGUUUCUGGUAAAACCAAAUAUGGGAAGAUUCCUAAAGAGCAUUGGUCAUAUCCUGAAUGGAUUGAUUUAAAAAAGGCAGAAGAAACCCGGAAAAGCAUGAAAUUACAAAAAAUCAUUUAUGGAGAUAGUGAAUCUUAUCGUCACAUGUGUCGAUUUGAGAGUGGGUUUUUCUGGAGACAUCCAUUAUUAGAUGAUUAUGAUUGGUAUUGGAGAGUUGAACCAAGUAUUGAUAUUCAUUGUGAUUUGAAUUAUGAUUUAUUCAAAUAUAUGGAAGAUAAUAAUAAAGUUUAUGGAUUUACAAUUUCCAUUCAUGAAUUUAGAGCCACUAUUCCUACAUUGUGGGAUCAAACAAAGAAAUUCAUUAAGGAAAACCCACAAUACAUAGCAGAAAACAAUUUUAUGGAUUUUAUCAGUGAUGAUAAAGGUGAACUGUAUAAUUUAUGUCAUUUUUGGUCAAAUUUUGAAAUUGCUAAUUUGAAUUUUUGGAGAGGUGAAGCUUAUAGGAAAUAUUUUGAUUAUUUAGAUAAAACUGGUGGAUUUUUCUAUGAGCGUUGGGGUGAUGCUCCAAUCCAUUCUAUUGCUGCAGCAUUGUUUUUACCAAAAGAUAAAAUUCAUUAUUUCGAAGAUGUGGGUUAUAAACACAGUGUUUACACUCAAUGUCCAUUGAACCCUCAAUUUAGAUACGAGCAUAAAUGUCAUUGUAAUCCAGAUAAUGAUUUUACUUUCAGAGGUUAUUCUUGUGGUAAAAAGUAUUUUGAAAAAAUGGGUUUGGAAAAACCAAAGGAAUGGGAAAGGUACCAAUAA